CGAUAGCAACAGUUGCUCCAAUCAUUUGCUGUGGUUUUCCAAUGGUGAUCUAAAUUGGUUACCUACAUAUGUACAUACAUAAUGUAUGUAGGUAAGAGACACCAUAACCACCUAGAAAAAUCAGGAACGAACCACAUUUGCAACACAAAUGGAUCACAGAUAGAGAGAGAUUCCUAUUUAAUCUAUUUACCUCUAUGUUGAGGUUCACUAUGAAUUUGGCUGCCUGGAGGAUCCGAGAGCGGCGACCGAAGGCGAAAGAGCAAAACAGAAGAAAAGAGAGAUGUAUUCAAGAUCCUCAAUUCAAGCACAUAGAACAUCUCAACAAAGAUCCAAAAGAAAAAGAAGUGUGAAAGAAGCAUCACAUCCAUCACCUGGCGGGAUAAGGGAAAUCAGACGAUCCGUAUCUUAUCGGGCAAUUACGUCGUCUCCAACUUCCAACUUUCCAACCUUCAACAACUUGAAAGGUUGAAACUUCAACGUCAAAAGUUUCCAACGUCCUAUCAUGGCCCCGGUCAAAUAUACUCCCCCUCCUCCUACACCCUCACCUCCAGCAUCUUGUUACGCCAUGAGUGACGACGAAGAAGAUGAAUACAAUACCAUCGCCCAGGCUGCCUCGAGUAGAGGGGUUAAGCUGCUCUUCUCCAAAAGCAAAGUCUAUGUUCAUCCAACUUCCUCCUCCAAAGAUAAUAUCCCUGGCUUUAUCGCCCUCAUCCAGCAAAAACCUCUCCCCGCAUCACAUGCAUCCGCGUCUCAAUCCAAAACCCCCGAUACACCCUCAUAUCUCCUCGCAUGGGUCCCAGAGUCCUCCCUUGGAGAAGCCUACGAUACAUAUGUGAAAGUAGACCUAUCUGAAGGCGACUCCCCACCGCGCCAGAAGUACCUCGUUCCGCCGCUUCCGACCACCACCACCUACAAAGACCCCAUUGGGUUGUAUUCUUUUGCAGUUCCGCUAUCAGAGAUAUACUCGCUAUUAGUACGACCGCCGAGCCUGGGAUGGUGGUUUGGGAGUUUAGUAAUAAACACUCGAGCGGGCGAUGGCUUCCCCGCGCUAUUUUUCCAUGACGACGAAUGCGAGUCAACCAUUCUACAAAAGAGGAAGAGGGUCAAGGAAACCUUCGAUCCAUUUGGUAAAGAAGGGGGUUUGUUUUGGGGCGGCGAUGAGGUACUGCGCUGGUUGCGGAGGUAUGCAGAGGUGCAGCGCUCCGCGGUGGACAGCAACGUCUACCUCAUCAACCCGUCGGAUGAGGACCAGCUGUCCUUUGGCCGGCCGGUGAGCCACGGCGAUAAGUCCUUGUUAGCAAAGGCACAGCCCGAAGCCGCCGCCGCCGGAUCCCGAGCCGAACCGCCUGAUGCCAACAUGGAUCCAUUCAUGAAGACUCUCAAGGAAACACGGUGGAAAGUGCUGGAGCAGCUCAGCAAAAUCACCACCUUUACCCGUCGGACUGCCAAUGAGAUAGCAGAGAAUCCUCGCAUACCGCCUCAGAUGCGCCGUUUAAUGAAGAAUCCAGAGAUCCAGACGUUGCAAGAUGAGUUCGACAGCGCUAGGGUCUAUCUGGCUCGUUGGGCGAUGAGUGUUGCCGAGCAGAGCGAUAAAGAGCGAAAUCAGCGUAUAUGGACCGCGCAGGAUAUGCUGGAAAUGGAGAAUAGCUCGGUUGGCGACUUUGAGAUAUUAGAGCUGGAGACCGGGAACCUGGCUCUCCAGGAGCGACGCCGUGUUCUUCAGCUGGAAGAAUGGGAGGGCUUCUUCGACCCAACAUCGGGUAGACUCCAAGUAACGGCGAAGGAAGUCAAGGAGCGGAUCUUCCAUGGCGGCUUGGAUCCCAAUGAUGGCGUCAGAAAGGAGGCAUGGCUCUUCCUUCUCGGUGUGUAUUCGUGGGAUAGCAGCCGCGAGGAGCGCCAAGCGAUGAUGAACUCCAAGCGCGAUGAGUAUAUCCGGCUGAAAGCAGGCUGGUGGGAGCGAAUGGUCGAGGGAAACUCGACGAUCGAGCAGUUUGAUAAUUGGAAGGAGCAGAAGAAUCGGAUAGAGAAGGAUGUUCACCGCACCGACCGUACCAUUCCUUUGUUUGCGGGCGAAGAUAUCCCUCAUCCGGAUCCUGAUUCUCCAUUCGCCGAGACGGGUACCAACGUGCACCUGGAGCAGAUGAAGGAUAUGCUCUUGACGUAUAAUGAAUUCAACCCGGAACUUGGGUACGUCCAAGGGAUGAGUGAUCUCCUGGCGCCAAUCUAUGCUGUCAUGCAAGAUGACGCCGUGGCUUUCUGGGCGUUUGUCGGGUUCAUGGAUCGAAUGGAAUAUAACUUCCUCCGAGACCAAUCUGGAAUGCGUGGCCAGCUAUUAGCGCUGGAUAACCUCGUCCAGCUCAUGGACCCGCAGCUCUACUUGCAUCUGCAGUCCGCUGACAGCACCAACUUCUUCUUCUUCUUCCGCAUGCUGCUGGUGUGGUACAAACGGGAAUUUGACUGGAGUGAUGUCCUGCGUCUAUGGGAGACAUUGUGGACCGACUAUUUCUCCAGCAGUUUCCACCUGUUCAUUGCGCUCGCCAUACUCGAGAAGCACCGAGAUGUAAUCAUGGAUCAUCUCAAGCACUUUGAUGAAGUGCUGAAAUACAUCAACGAACUCUCCAACACAAUGGACCUCGUACCCAUUCUCACCCGCGCAGAAUCGCUCUUCCACCGUUUCGAGCGUUCCGUGCAAGCCAUUGACAAGAAAGACAACUUCCCUGCUGCGCCCACCGCCCACCAGCGUCGCCCAGGUGCAACCAGCCAAGAUUCUGGCAGCAAGGGAAAACUACCCCAGCCUACUGUUGGAUCAAGCAGCGGAGUCAAUGCUGGCCCCUCUUCCCUUCAAAAGGCAAUCGAGGCCGACAAGCCCAAGGUGAUUUCUCCAGAGCUACGCGACUUACUUCGCAAAGACAUCCCCUGGAAACGCCAACAGACUUCAUGAUUGGCAUCAGGUUUUCUGAUGUUGGGACUGGAUGUCUUGCUUGAUAUCGAUGUAUGCUCUCUGGACUAAGUCAUUGCUUUCCUUCCACUGUUCUCGAAUUCUUGGCUUUUCACGAUUUACGAUUGCAUGUAUAUUCUUCCUUGAUUUUUUCUUUCUUCUUUGAUGACUCGGUUUGCGGAGUAAAGGGACAUGCAUCAGGGUGUUUUGCCAUAUUCUACCUUUAUUUUGGAAUGAAUUAUGCAAAGUCUUCACCCACCCGCAUUUGAAUGGAAUCGAUGAUUUUUAUUUAA